ACACGCCCCGCUGGCGACAUAAUCACAUUCUUGAGGUCAAAUGUCAUGGUUCUGGAUAUUUUUUGGGGACUGGCAGUCAUGUGUGAUUUGGUUCUCCCUGUAUGAAAAGCUCAUUCAUGAUGAAGAGAUGGACCUUCUGUUCUAGGCUCUAGACGGAAAGAAACCCUCAAAGUGGGCGUGACUGGUAGCCGCGUUGGUGGUGAACGCGAGUCCAUCGUUUCUAAUACUCCUCCGCCCACCUCUUUCCUUUGCCCUGGCGUUUAGCAUAUUAGUCCUAGGCGCGUGGAUAGCUGUCUUGUACUAUCUCUCACUGUAAUACCCUUUGCUUGGCUGGUUCUUUCACAGGUUCAUCCAACACUCUCCCUUCCCAUCCAUAGGUUGCUUUGUGAGAGUCUCACAACAUGACUGUAUUCUCCUGUUUUCCGCCUUCUUUCACUCGGUUACUUCCCCGGCGCCUCUAUUGGGGUUUUCUUGCCGUAUGCUAGGUGUGUGCAUCUAUGUUUAGUGUGUGAUGGCUAGGUAUGUUGAAGAGUCUGGCCAGACCGGGAGCAGGGAAAGACUGGGGAAGGACUCUGUAAGAGAUAGAGGUGUAGUGUGCUUGUUUGCUUGCUUACUUACUGGGGUCAAGGGGAAAGUCACUGCCACCGCCGGGCGUGUCCGUGCUGGGACCGUCCGAGCCCGGAGUGGGGCUGAGCGGCUCGCUGCUCGUGUCUCGGAGAAGGGUGGUGCUUUGCAUUGCUGCGUUCUUUCCUGACAAGCUUUGGGGUUCGUUGUGGCUGGCUUGCUUGUUCGCUGGAACUGGAAGAAGGCACGGUGUAGCUGCUGGUAGACUCUUGUGAACUGGAAGUGAGGUAGAUGAGAUGAAGGAGCUGGAACUUGCUGCCUCUUGUCUCGUGCUUGGAAUGUGGUAUGCUAGGUCUCUGGGUUUCGUCUAUCCGAGGGUCGCUUUAUAUACAUGUACAUGUAUGGCCAUUCAUGUAUGGCUAUUUGAAAAGGGACAAACAAAGCGACCAAAGUUGUCCAGAUCGGUUAGGAGGAUACAUUGCUUGAGGCCCUGCAGAAGAGCUUCAAGUGCCCUCAAGCUGUUCAGUGGAAAACUGUGGAACGUGCAAGACUAGCUUAUAGGAGAGCCAUGUCAAUCGCUGCGGUAACAGUGUUGACGGAAGGCGAGCAUCCCGUUGAAUCUCGGAACUUCAACGUGGCCCGAUUUUACGUGGUUCCCGGAGCUAAAGAGGCUAGGUUUUGGUUCUAUCUGGCCUGGUUUGCCCGACGCUAAGAGGAAAACAGGAG